AUGAUGCAUAAAUUCUGCUUUGAAGCUUUGGACCGAACUAUGAGAGAUAUAAUGCGUGUUAAAAAUCCAAACAGCUUUGAUAUGACUUUUGGUGGAAAAAUCGUGGAGUUAGGUGGAGAUUUCAGACAGAUUCUACCAGUAAUUCCAACGAGACAAGAUAUUGUGGAAGCAAGUAUAAAUUCAUCCUAUCUUUGGAGAAGGUGUAAAGUAUUUAGGCUAACAAAGAAUCUAAGGCUUAGGGCCUUGCAAUCAGAUAGUGAAGUUGCAAAGUGGAUUGCUAAUAUAGGUGAUGGAACAAUUGGUGAUUCAAUGGAUGGAGAAUGUGAGAUAAAUAUUCCUGAAAAUUUUUUACUAACGUGUGUUGAGGAUCCUAUUUCUACAAUUGUUGAUAGCAUAUUCCCGAGGUUUCGUAGGGGCAACAGAGAUCUUAAAUAUCUAAAAGAUCGUGCAAUUUUGGCCCCAACUUUGGAUGUGGUAGAUACAGUCAAUGAAUACAUGAAUGAAUAUAAUAUAAUGCUGAAGGAAAGACGUAUCUCAGAAGUGAUUCGGUAUAUAUGUAAAUUUGAUUCUAAUGUUAAAAAUACUUUUUUUUGA